AUGGGCCGCAAGAAGAAAUUCAUCGACAAGAAGGAGUCGACGACCUUUCACGUGGUGCACCGGUCCCAGCAGGACAAGGCUAAUGAGGGCGAGGAGGAGGCUUCAGAGUUCGUCCUCAUCCCGUCGGGGCCACCGAGAGAUAGCCGGCCGCAGGAUGAAAGGAAAGCAGCUGGUAAGGGGAAGGGCAAGGGUGGCGUGGCAGGGGCGGAGCGUGAUCACAUCAACGCCCUCGGCCUCCCGAACGAUGGGUACGACUACGACCAGCACCUCAAGUCCAUGGGCGGAGGCACGUUCGUCUCGAAGACCGGAAAGGUACAGCACUUUGCAGAGGGCAACAGCCAGGGCGCCAGGGGGGGGGGAGCGAAACCCGCCAUCCCCGAAGAGGCGUUGCCAUCCGGAGAGACGCUUGACCGGCAGCUCGAGGCCGUCACAAUUAGCGAGAAGGUGAUGGACGGCGACAUGAGGAGAGCUCUAGCGGCGGGGCUGGCUGACGUUGGCGAGGAAGACUGGGAUGAUGAGAGCAACAUGCUCGACGACGACUUCGUUGUGCAGGCGGCCGGUGCAGGAGAAGAUGGGGGCUUCGACUUCGACGCUCACGUGGCCCGGUUGAUGGAGGCCAGCGCGAAGGAGACCGGCCUGCGGCAGCGGUCCAGGGACGACGACCUCCAGACCAAGGGCCUGGUGCGAUUGCGGCGAGACUCGGACUCAGAGAGCGACGACUCAGAGGACGACGUUGCUACGCUGGAUGGUGGUGCCGGGUCAGACGACAGCGGGGAGAUCGACGAUGCGCUGCUGGAAGGGCUGGACAUCAGCGGGGCGGCGGCGGCGGGGGGAGGCGUCCCCGGGGAGGGGACGGAGGAGGACCGGGCUGUGCUUGAUUCUCAGUUCGAGGCGACGUUGGCAGCGUACGACAGUGACGAAUGGGGCGAGCUCGAGGAGGACGACGACCGAGUACAGGGACGCUGGGAUCUGGAGCAGCACGACUACGCGAACACGUGCAUGGACGACUUCCUCGCCGCCAACGAGGACGCUCGCUGGACGGAGGGGGUCCAGCGGCUGCCGCCAGACCAGCGCUCCAUCGCGGCGGCCACCCUCGCCAUCGAAGGCGGCGGCGGCGCCACCGCCGCUGAUCCCGCCGCCGCCCCCCCCGCUGGUGGCGGCAGCGUCGGCGACGCGGGACGGGCGGGAGCGGGUGCUGCAGCGGCUGGCGGCGGGGGUCCGGGUGGAGUCGGGCCGAGUGUAGAGGCAGCUGCGAAGACGGCGACGUCGGGGCCCCGCUUGGGGAAGCUGAGAGGGUUUGGGGCUGUGCCAGUGCCAGUGCCAGUGCCGGAGGACGAGGAGGGGGAGGAGGAUGAUGAGCUUCAUGACAUGGAGCAUCAUAACGAAUACCUGCGAGAAAAACCGGCCGAACAGUGGGACUGCGAGACGAUCGUGAGCACGUACUCGAACCUCGACAACCACCCGUCGGUGCUCGGGACCGGCCGCAAAGCGAAGCCUGGCCGCGCCCGGCGGUCCCCCGUUGCGGAGGGGGUCGGGGGCGGAGACGCAUCCACAGUGCAGCAGGUUGCGCUGUCGGCGAAGACGGGCCUUCCUCUGGGCGUGCUCCCGGAGAGGACGUACAACGACACGGGCAUGGUGUCGUUGAUCGCGGGUAAGAACAAGGGAGAGAAGCGAGAUACCGAGGAAACAGCGGAGGAGAAGAGGCGAAGAAAAGCACAGAUCAAGCUGAACAAGAGGGACAAACGUGUCCAAAAGAAGAACGUGAAGACGGCUUUCACCAGCGAGGCCAAGGUGAUCUCCCACGCGCUGGCCAAUCCGGAGGCCCCGCAGAAUCGAAGCGUCUUCAGUUACUCUUGAACGAACGAACGAACGAACGAACGAACCCUGACCUUGUUUCUGGCCAGGCCGGAAGACCUGCCUCGCCCGCGUCGAUGCUGUGCCCGCUACGGCUGUGUGCAUACAUACCUACCGAGAAACAGUGUUGGGGGGGGGUAGUAUAGAUUUGUUCUUUGUCCUUGUCCGUUCUCGAGGACCGUGUGGCACACACAACAGGGGCUGGCCUUUCUUUUGUACUUAGUUGCGACAUGGAUAGGCAGGGGGAGGGGGAUUGUACAGGUAAGAUGGAAGACCAAGGACCCGAAAAAAGAAGGCCUGCGUUGUCUGUAAUUCUUGUCGUUCGUACAGAUUUAGACUAUGCCGCACGAAGCACAUUCGAUACUCGUCGUUAUGAACGGUGGAGUAAAAGGAUGUUUGGGGAUGCGGUCUUUUUUUUGCCGGACAGCAGACGUCCGCUUGUUUGGUUGCCAGGCUUUCCCCCCUCGCAAGCGCUUGGGCUGUUUCGGGGUUGUAGGGCAAAAAGGACUGUUGCACUUCCGGUCAUCAACAUUUUUGACCUUGACGUGAGGUAUAUUUCUGCGGAAGAUAGACAUGUACUUGGAAGUGUAAGUAAGGCGACAAGGCCUGGAGCUUACAGUAGGGUUUUUCGACGGCGGAGACAUUUCCAAGUCCUCGAAACUUUUUUUUUUUU